AUGACCUUUAUGGGCGUCUUGCUCGCUUGCUCGCUCGCAAAAAAUCCCACUUUGCAAUCCUUCUUCUUUCAUUCACUCGCCCCUUUGAUUUGGUGGUUGCGCAACGCAACGUCAUCGCCAAGCCAUGCUGGGCAUUGCUCAAGCCUAAAAGGUAGCAAGCCGCCCACUUUUUUCGAGCAGGUUCAGCGAUCGAGAGCCAAGUUUGGCAUCGUGGCGUCGGUCCAAGGCUAUGCUUGCUCGAGCGCCGAGUACGCAGCCAGCCAACACAUUCAGAAGAGGAAAACAAAAAUUCACGUCACGUCACGUCGAAUGGAAGGGGGCAAUCAGGAUGACAUGCGUUAUGGUGCGGACGGACGGCCAAAGCGAGAAGGAAAUUGUGCAGGCAGCAAGCAGCCCUCGUCGGCUCGGCUCGGCUCAGGGGCGUAG